AUGUGCAGGAGUUGGCCAGCUCUUCUGUUUCCCCGUCCCGGCCACGGUCCCCCCGGGAGGCCCUGGAGAUGCCCAAGGGCCUCCCGUCUGCCAUCCCCAGCGGGACCUAGCUUCAUGCAGCCAGAGGGGGCGUCCAUGGGGGCAUGCAGGCUGGCUCUCACCCCAGGGACCCUCCAAGCCAUGCUGAUCCUGUGGGUGCUGCUGGUGACGCCCACCCAGGCGGUGGUGCGGGCAGUGCUGAACGGCAACUCGAGCACGGUGGACUUCGCCGACCUCCCAGCCCUUUUCGGGAUGCCGCUGGCCCCCGAGGGUCUCCGGGGUUACCUGAUGGAAGCCAAGCCCCCCAACGCGUGCCAGCCCAUCGAGGGCCCACGGCUGGGCAACGGCUCACUGGGUGCCAUCGCGCUGAUCCGCCGCUACGACUGCACGUUUGACCUCAAGGUCCUGCACGCCCAGCGGGCGGGCUUCGAGGCCGCCAUCGUGCACAACGUCCGCUCGGACGACCUCGUGCGCAUGGCCCACGUGUACGAGGACCUGCGGCGCCAGAUCGCCAUCCCCUCCGUGUUCGUGGGCGAGGCCGCCUCGCAGGACCUGCGGGUCAUCGUGCGCUGCGACAGGUCGGCUCAUGUGCUCCUGCUGCCCGACUACCCACCCUGCCCCGAUCUGAACUGCCACCCGGUGCUGCCCCUGACCUGGGUGCUGGGCCGCGCCCUGGCCAUCCUCACCUCCAGCGUUCUGGUCUUCCGGAGCCUCUGGCUCUGGCUGCGCACCCACUGGGGCUGGGGGCGCACGGUCAAGACCCAAGCCCGCCAGAAGGCCCAGGUCCGCACCUUCACCCGGAGGAAUGAGCUGUGCGCCAUCUGCCUGGAUGAAUACGAGGAGGGUGACCAGCUGAAGAUCCUCCCCUGCUCGCACACCUACCACUGCAAGUGCAUCGACCCCUGGUUCUCCCAGACCGUCCGGCGCACCUGCCCCGUCUGCAAGCAGUCGGUGGCCAGCACGGAGGAUGGAUCCAACUCCACCGUCGAGAGCUUCGGCGAUGAGGACCCCUCGCUGCCCGGCCACCGGGCCCCUCUCUGGGCCGUGCAGGCCUGUCUGCGCUCCCGGAGGCUGGAGCUGCUGACCCUGCCCGGCUCGCACCGCCGCUGCAGCGCCACGUCCGUGGGGACGGCCUCGGAGAGGCCCUCGCUGCCACCCUGA